AUGCAAUUCCGCUCCCCUACACUCCACUCCACUCCGAUCCCCUACAACCCUCCCCUCCCCUCUCCUCACCUUUACACCACACCCUGCCCCGAUCCCUUACGCUCCUCUCCGAUCACCUACACCCCACUCCGCCCCCCAUACACCCUGCCCGUUCCCCUACACCCCACCCCUCUCCCCUACGCCCCACCUGUCUCCCUCCCCUACACCCCACCCUUCUACUCUCCUCCACCCUACCCCUCCCCCAUACACCCCACCCUCUCCCUCCCCCCACCCUCCCCUACACCCCACCUCGCCCGCCUCCCCCAUACCCCACCCCCACUCCCCCUACGCCCCACCCACCCCUACAUCCGCCCCUGCCUGCCUCCCUAUACCCACCUGCCCCCUACAUCCAACCCUGUUUCUCCCUACCCACCUGCCUCCUCCUACACCCCACCCCCCACUCCCCUCUCCUACCCACCCCUGCUCCACUCCCCCACACCCGUCCCCCCUACAUCCGCCCCACCCGCCCCCCCUACACCCCACCCCCUAUCCCCUACGCCCCACCCGUCUCCUCCGUACACCCCACCCUUUCUCCCUCCUCUCCUCCUACACCCCAUCUCGCCCGCUCCCCUACGCCCCACCCCCUUCUCUCCCCUACACCCCACCCCCUAUCCUCCCCUACACCCCAUCCUCGCCUCGGCUCCCCCACACCCCCACCUCCACUAUCCCUCCCCCUACACCCCACCCUCGCCUCAGGUCCCCCUACACCCCACCUCUCCCCUACACCCCACCCCUCCCUCUCCCCCUACACCCAGCUCCACUCCCUGCACCCCACCCCUCCCUCUCCCCUACACCCAGCUCCCCACUCCCCCUACACCCCACCCCCUACAUCCGCCCCACCCGCUCCCCUAUACCCACCCGCCUCCCCUACACCCCGCCCGCUCCCCCUACAUCCAACACCGUUCUCCCUACCCACCCGCUCCCCUACACCCACUCCUUUCCCCUACACCCCACCCCGCACCCCCUACCCACUCCUCUCCCCUACAUCACGCUCCGCCCCACACUCGGCUCCUUUCCCCCUACACCCCGCCCCCUACACCCCACCCCUCUCCAGCCCAUUCCUCUCCUACACCCAACCUCGCUCCGCUCCCCUACACCCAACCCCACCCAACUGCUCUCCCCUUCGCGCCACACCCCGCUUGA